AUCACAGUGUGGUGUUAAACAAUGUUUCGUAACCUGUUCUUAACAAGAGCUACAAGCCUACAGCAAACGUUGCGUUAUUAAACAGUUUGAGACACGAUAAAAUAAGCGAUAAUCCAACCGCAAUAAACCUCAGAGCCAUCAGUAUUUGCUGGUAUCUGCAGCUCGACACGACAGUGUGGUAUUUAAACCGUGAAGCGAAACAUCUUAAUUGGUUCAACGAGACAACUCGCAUAUAUAUACGGCAUUAUACGCCAUACCGUGGCGACGAGACAAGUUUGACAAUUAUGGCCCCGGUAACCGAUGAAGAAAGAAGAUGGGUUGUUAUUGGUCUAUGUUUAACAAAAGUUCUCACUCCUGCAUUGAGAAAGGUUCUUGCAAUUGAGAUGCCCAACUGGUACAACAACUUAUGUCAGCCCUCGACUGAAAUUGACAAACAAGUUUAUUCUGGAUACCAGAAGACUUUAAACCCAUCCAUCUUGAAGCUGAACUACAAAAAUAUCAACAACAAUGAUGUCUCUGGACUCAAACCCUCUGCAUAUGAUUACGCAGUUAAAGAUCCUUUGUCUUUGGCGAAGUUGUUUGUUCAGCCACACAUGUGCAAGUUCACUGGCUUUGACCAAACAAUGGAUUCGUCUGCGGCCUUGUCGUUGAUUUGUGAAGCUGAACCAUUUAUCAACAUGGGUGCUGCUGCUCAUGCAAAGAGAGUUAAGUCAGACAUCAGAAACGAGUGGGCACAUUGCAAAUUUCUAGAGUGGACUCAAGCAAAGUUUAAUGCUUGCUUUAGAAGCAUGGAAUCUUUACUAAAGAAGAUUAACCUUUCGUUUGAAGACGAGCAAAACAUUUGCAAUGCAUUAUGCAGUUGGAAGGAUAUGGGAUUUGAGUUGUGUUUCGGUCAACCUCUUGACAUGGAAGUCUUUACUUUUCUCAAAAGCCAAGUAGAUGAACUUUGUGAACAGAUGAUCGAGUUAUCAAAAGGUCUAAAAUCUCCUAGCAAUGGAGCAAGACUUAGCCGAUUAAUUUUAAUUGAGGGAGAGGACACACUACGCAAGUACUUCAACUCUCUUCAUCCUCCCGCCACCUUAACCGCAACUUUAAAUGACCACCGCGAGACGCUGGAAACACUGCAUAGAAUGGGAGUUAUCACGCAUGCGCAAAUGCACGUAUUAUUUCCAACGGAUGAAAUGCCAGAGACAACAUCCAAUAAUUAUGAUAUCUCCUUGCUCUUCAUUUUAUUACGAAAUAUUUGUGGUAUGACAGUCCCUGCUUCUACCGGAUCAUGGGACGAGAAUCCUCCGGCAGACGACACUAGUCCAGAGGCUGACCUGGUGAGAAUUAAGUAUUAUAGAAACUUAGUUUAUGGCCACCACAGGUGCACCGAAGUCACUGGCGAGGAUUUUAAUGAUUAUUGGAACGAGAUUUCGUGUGCAUUAAAUAGACUGAAUGGUUUGGACAAGGAUCUACAUGAUACUUUUGAAACCCUGAAGACGGGCCCUGUUGACGAAAAUCGGUUCAUAUGCUUACUAAACGAAUGGUAUGAAAAUGACCAAAAAAAUAGAAGUCUUGUGCGUCAGGUGGAAAAAAAUGUGCAAGAGAAUGCUAGAGAUUUAUUAUUCGUCACGACACUUAACAUACUUCAUUUUCUCUUGAUAGCUAACUUGUUUUUGCACAGUUACUUCAACACCUAUUGCCAAUUUAAGUCCUUUUCCAAUACGGAUUUUGUUGGUCGAGAAUGGGUUUUUCGAGAGUUAGAAAACCUGACAAACUCAAAAGAUUGUCGCGGUGUUUUGCUUCUAGCAGACCCAGGUUGGGGUAAAUCAACCAUCAUGAGACAGUUGAUUAACUCGCCAUCCUCCAGUGACGUUAUUCAUAACAAUAUUAUUGGUCAUCACUUAUGUAAGUUCAACGAUAAACGUACACGUGAAGGUGGACGAUUUGUGAGAAACUUAACUCGUUUAAUCGCUGAAAAAAUAACUAAUUUACGAAGAAUUGUCAUCAAUGACGACGAUUGCGAACACGAUCCAGUGAAAUGUUUUCAAGACGCAAUCAUAAAUCCUCUUAAAGAACUAGAAGACACAGAAAGAAGAAACUCUUUUAUUCUUAUCGACGCAUUGGAUGAGUGUUUGGAAAAGGAGAAUAGCCAUAAUUCAACUAUUAAGAGGAUCCUAUUUGAAACUAUCCCCGACUUGCCAAGUUGGGUGAAACUAAUAGUUUCCUCCAGAAAACAAGCCUUGAGUAUUAAAAAAUUAUCGAAAAUCGAUGGUUUCCAAAAUUUGGAAUUAUUUGUAGACGAUAAUCGUAAUCAGCAGGACCUUCGUAUAUACGCAGAAAAACAGGUUCAAAAUAUUAGCGCUCAAACCAGACCAAAAUUGACAAACAAACAAUUGAUUGAUCUUGCUUUGCAGUCUUCCAGAGGUAAUUUCCUAUUUCUCAACAAAAUAUUAAAGCAUUGGCGAAGUUUUCCUCAUAAAAUUGGCCUACAGUCUAUUCCUAAAAGUAUGGGAGAUGUUUAUACCGCUUCUUUUACACUACGGUUCGAAGACACCCAUCUUCAUAAUUUUCAGCCACUGUUGGAGGUACUACUUACUGCUAACUUACCUCCAACGUUAGAUGAGAUUGAAGAUAUUUUAGAUUUUUCGAAAAAGAAUUAUGAUACUCGAAAAUUUGCCAGGGACCUUUCUGAAUAUUUCAAGGCUGAUAUUCAUAAAGCCCCUCUUGAGUUCCAUCAUCAAUUAUUUGCUGAAUGGUUGACUAACCAAACGGACGGCAAUGAGGGUAUUUUUAUUCAGAAAUCAAAUGGCCAUCAAUACAUAGUCGACUUUUUAUUUUAUUCCUACAUGGAAAGACGGACUGACCUUACCUUAGAGAAACUAUCAGAAUUAUGCACACACAUUUUGAAUGCCGGCGAAAGGAAAUCUUUUGGGAAUUUGAAAAAACUUAGUAAUUUAAACGUUUCGAAGCUAAAAGAUCGAGAUGGAAGGAAUAUAUUACACGUUCUUGCCACACAGAAAUUACAUGUUUCCGCCACAAAACUUAUUAAUACUCUGAUAGAAAAAUGUAAUAUUUCUGUUGACAUGUUGGAUGACGAUGGCGCCACUCCUGCAAUGUAUGCUGUAGAAGCAGGUUCGUAUGAAAAUUUGAAGAUAUUUAUCGAUAACGGCGCGAAUGUUAACUAUAGGACGUCUUACGAAUCGAAAUGUUUGAUUGAUAAAUACGAAUAUCGUAUACCAACAUACAAAAUGAGUACGAUUUCCAUCGCAGCCCGAAAUAGAGACAUAAAAAUAACAGAGCUUCUAAUUGAAAGUGGCUCAGAUAUAAGUAAAACAGAAUAUUGUGGAUGGAAACCUCUGCAUUAUGCUGUAGUAGAGGGCAAUUUUGAAAUAGUUGAACUCUACCUAAAUCAUGGAGUUCAACCUGAUGCUAUUUCACUUCAUCACGCCGCUGCAAUGAAUCGCACAGAAAUUGUGCGACUUCUUCUCAACACUGGAAUACGAGACACGUGCUUACCCAGGAGCACAGAAGAUUGUUAUGCAAACGUAACUCAGUUGCAUCUUUGCUUAUCUGAGACAGCUCUUUAUGCGGCUGUGGCUAACAAUAAUAUUGAGAUGGUGAAAUUAAUCCUCGAGUAUGGUAAUGCAUCGGUCAACUGUAAGCAUUGCACUGGAAGAACACCUUUGAUGGAAGCUAUUGCAGAGAAAAAUGUUGAAAUGGUUCAUCGUCUUAUUAGCGCGGGAGCCAAUAUUAACGCAGAGUGCGAAAGUUUUGAAAAUUGGCCUAAUUUUUAUGAUAACAAUUUAUACCAUGAUAAUCUAUAUUCUCCAUUGCGACCUUGCAGUGGAUACCGUGUGAUUGAUUUUCUUUUCGCAUAUGGUCUUUGGGAAAUGGUGAUUCCGAUUAUCUCUGAAGAACAACCUCAUGCGAUAUUAUCCACGGACAAUCCAAGAUGGAAUCCAGCAACGGUUGCUGCCAUCAAUGAUGAUGUCGAUUUUAUUAAUGCUACGUACGGCAACAAAAUAUCCACCAUUCCUCACAUAGAGACAGUGUUGCGUUACGUAGCUGUUUGUCAUUCAGUAAAGACCUUUAAAUAUCUCUGUAACAGUGAAUAUCUAAGAACGAAAUUCAGAAGUGUCUUUGAAGAUGGAAAAACUCUGCUCCAUUUUGCAACUUCAAAGGUCUAUAUACUUGGCAAAAGAAAGGUAUCUGGACCUCUCGGUAUCCACUGUCCAAUCACCGAAAACGUGCCUGACCAUAUAGUUGAUGAAAAACGUUUGGAAAUGGUAGAUCUGCUGACCAAAGUACUCGCUUCGAAGAUAAAUAAACAGGACAACCAUGGAAGAACCGCUCUUCAUUACGCUGCUGUACAUGGUUUGCCAAAGAUCGUGGAAAUUUUCCUGAAAGAAAGAGCUGAUUGUAGCAUAGAGGAUGAGAGAGGCGACACUGCCUUGGAAUUCGCACUGCGAGAAAAACCUGAAGAUCAUUAUGAACCUCCUUCGUGUCGGAUGACAAGCGAUCAAAUGUUUGAAAUAUGCGAUACUACCGCAUUCGAUGAAACAAUAAGUUAUUUAAUACAAAAGGCUUCGAUUAAGAUUUGCAACAGUAAAACUAAGAAGUUACUGGAUGGUUUAAUAAAACACAGACUACCUCUCAGCCUGUACGAAUUGUUUAAAUCAGGUCUUGAUGUUGAGUGUGCUCAUGAACACUUUGUAAGAGCCUUGGAGUCGUACAAAGGUUGGAAAGUUGACAAAAUUCUGAAAGUGUUCAAGAUUUUUAAAAUUAAUUUUGAUGUGAAAUGUGGCAUUCCUUUUAGACAAUCCGAAUUACAUCUCGUGGCCUCAGUUUCUGAUCUUUCGGGGGAAAAUGCGAGAUUUCUUUUCCAAAGAUUCAUUGACAAUAAUCCCAAAGGUGUCGAUAUUUUAAAUGAAUGUUACGACGAAGAAGGAUAUUUACCAAUACAUCGAACAAUUCAGAGUAAAAACUAUGUUUUAUUUUCCUGGUUCAUGGAUAAUGGUGUUGAUAUUUCUAAGAAGACAGACUCUGGUUUUACUCCUUUUAUUUUGGCGACCUACAGCUAUCUAGUAUUCUCGUAUAGUCAUGACACCGCUGAAUACCGUAUUUUCGAGAAAUUGUUAGAAAAAAUCAAUCAAACUAGCUUUCAAUGCAACAGCGAGCUCAUUGACCUAUCACCACUCCACAUUGCGGGAAGUCGGGGAAUAGAAGCAUUGAAAACCAUUCACAACAAAAUGCCACAGAUACCAUUAGAUUGUACAAAUAAAGACGGGAUUCAUGCAGUGUACUUGGCCUAUCUCCAUCACGCAGCAAAUUUUUAUCCGUUGUCUCCUGAAGAAGAUGAAUAUUUUCAGAAUUUAGCAUCCACAGCCCUUUUGAAAUAUCCCAAACGUGAGGUGGAAUGUCAUUUGAUAUACAACAAGUUAUUUUACGAAAGACAGCCAAACGACGUGAGAAACGAGCUCAACUACGAAGGUUUAUUCAGAUGUCCAGGUAUCAACGAACUGCUUCCUCAUAAAUCAGUCAUAAAAGACAAUAUUGAAGUGAAUGGCUGCGCCACACGUUGUCAGCAAUUAACAUUUGAAGCUGAUCGUGAUUUUUCAACAAGUUUUCCGGAUCUACACAUUCGAAAAAACAUUUUAAACAAUUUUACUGGCAGUUUUAUUGAUACUGCAGCUCACAUGGCGGAGUUGCGGUUUCAUUUAGUAAAAAUAUUUUAUUUCAAUUCACGAAAUUCAAUUUCGAUUUCCGGUUUGAAGAGACUGUGGAAAAAAACAAUCGAGGCUCGCUCUUGUGUCCAUAAUUGUGCCUGUUUUUAUGCAAUUUUACUUCUGCAAGAGAAGUUCCCAAAUAAUUACAUUCCUUUCUGGCCCAACAAAUUUAUUGCUGAAAGAAUGGGUUGGACUGAUACCUCACGCGAAGAUGAUGUUUUGUAUCGUUGGCCGUUCAGAUUUUUGCUUAAGAAAGCUUUAAAAAUCGACAAGGAAUACAAGUACUUAGAAAUUCUGGGAGAUGAUUGGGAUGAAGAUCGAUGAAAUAGCAUGUUUGAAAAAUCUUAUUAACUUAUCAUUUUCUAGUAUCCAAACAUUUUACAGCGAG